AUGGCAAAGAAAAUUUCGAAGCAUAGCAGAGCAGCAAGAAGAGGUCUUGUUGAAGACUUGGGUGAGGCCAAAGACUUAGCUUCACUUCCCAAGCCCGAGUCUGAUGAUGUCAGAAAGUCAAUCAUCAGAACCACAAUUAAGAAUGAAGAUUUGCUUAAUAAGAAAAUGGAGAACCAAAGAAUAAAAAAGAUGAAUAGAAAGAAAACGAGUAGUUUAAAACAUAGGCUUGAAAGAUCGAACAAGGUCGACGGGGUAUUAAGUACAAAAAUUGAACAAAGUAUUGCCAGAGCCAAGUACGUUCAAAAUUCUAGAAAAUCUGCAUGGGAUCAAAUUAACAAGGGUAUUUCUACCACCAAUGAUCUAGUGGAUAAUAACGAACCCUUAGAGAAAUCAGAAGAGCAGGCCGAAAAGGAAGAAGAAGAUGCUUACGUUAAGCAGUUUUUUGAAGACGACUCUGGUAAGCAAAAUGACGAUACUAGCAACAGUACUUCAGGUAAGCCUGAUAAUAAAAAUAUGAACAGAUUCGCUCUCUUGGAAGAAUCUGAAGCCUGA